AUGGCCACUCCUGUCAAGACGACCACCAUAGGCGGCCCUCCUGUGACUGACAGCCCCGGAACUUGGCGUCACCCGCGACUGGAUGAAAUCACCAGGCGACGCAAUGCGACCACCUUUUCUGAGAAGAAUGUGCGCCAAAUAGCCUACAAUGUUAUCGCGCUGCUAGGCUUUUGGUCCGCGCAGCUUCUCGCUAGGCUAAACAUUGGUUCUAAAGCCGUUCCCACCUCCUUCAGGAUAUACCUGAGCUGGGCGUGGUUUAUUCUCCAGCUCAUCCCAUUCAUCAAUAUUGGCAUCGCGUGCCUCCCCUUGAUCCGGCCGAAAGACGAUCUUUCCGACAUCCCCCUCACAGCCGCUCAGCGCUCUCUGCUGGGCCUCGAGCCUUCCUCGGCCGCGCCGACUCCCGAUGCUCAGUUUAGUACGCCGCCUCGAUACUCGCGCACGCCCUCCAUAGCUGGCUCUGUUGGAAGUCGGGGAAGCUACGCUAGCUCACCUCUCUCUGGUCGGGGUAGCCCUGCUCUUCAGGGGUCGACCGGCUCACCACUGGGAAGCCCUCUUUUCCAGAAGAGUGUGAACUUUGGAAAUGGGAGGAGGUCUUCUAUCGGGUCUGCGAGUCAAUUUGGCGCCAGCUCCACGGCCAUUCCGUUCUCUGAUCCUACCUCUCCUAGCCCGUCAGGAGGCAAGCGAACGAGUGUUGGACUGAACAGCAAGUGGCUGUAUGAGAAGGGUCGACGAUCGUCGGGUAAUGCCUGGAACCUUUAA